UGCUUGGUUGUAAAUAGUUUGAAUAGUCUUCAGAUUGCCUAUUUUUAAGGUGUUCAAGGUCAAAGUCUUUUCCCAACCAAAAGCAUUGAGAAUCAAACCUAAAGGAGUGGACUUUUGCAGUUUGGCUACCGUAAGAAAAUGAUGGUAAUAAACGGUAUCUAUUAAAGGGUUGAUCUUUAAGACAAAUCAAUCUCCCUUUUCAUUUUUCAGAGAGAAUCCAUCGCUCCAAGCAUGCGAGCCAUUUCAGCAAGAACGAAACGCAUGGCAGCGUUUCCACCUUCGCGCCUCGGCCAUUCGACGCCUACAGCUUCGCACGGCCCGACGUGCCCAUCGUCCUCGUCGUCGCUUCUCGACGAUUUCGCCGAGCGCUGCCAUCAGAGAGACCUUCCCAGAGCCAUGAAGGCUAUGCACGCCAUGCAGAGACACGGCAUUUGGGCCGACGCCAUCACCUACUCCGAGCUCGUCAAGUGCUGCGUGGCCAGGGGUGCCGUCGAAGAAGGUAAAUCGGUCCGCAAGCACGUUUUCUCUGGUGGGUAUCAGCCCAAGACCUUCUUACUCAACGUCCUUCUCAACAUGUACGUCAGGUUCAACCUCUUGGAAGAUGCGGAGGACCUGUUCGACGAAAUGCCCGAGAGAAACGUCGUUUCCUGGACGACGCUGAUAUCGGCUUACGCGAAUAAGGGCAUGAAUGAUAGGGCCUUGGAGUUUCUUAUCUUGAUGCUGAGGGAAGGUGUCCAGCCUAAUAUGUACACUUAUUCGUCGGUUUUGAGGGCCUGCGCGGACUUGGGGAUGCUUAGACAACUUCACAGUGGCAUAAUGAAGGUUGGCAUGGAGUCUGAUGUCUUUGUGCGUAGUGCUUUGAUUGAUAAUUACUCGAAAUGGGGUGAGCUGCAAGAUGCCUUGGACGUGUUCAACGAAAUGGUGACAAAGGAUUUGGGUGUCUGGAAUUCUAUUAUUGGGGGUUUUGCGCAAAAUAGCAAUGGUGACAAAGCUCUCGAUAUGUAUAAAUGCAUGAAGAGAGCGGGUUUCGCACCUGAUCAGGCGACUUUAACUAGUGUUUUGAGAGCGUCUACUGCCUUAGCAUUGUUAGAAGUGGGGAGACAAGUGCAUGUUCAUGUACUAAAGUUUGAUCGAGAUCUUAUCCUCAAUAAUGCACUUCUUGAUAUGUAUUGUAAAUGUGGCGGUUUGGAGGGUGCAAACUCUGUCUUUAGUAGAAUGGUGGAAAGGGAUGUUAUAUCCUGGAGUACCAUGAUUGCUGGAUUGGCCCAAAAUGGUUGCAGUCUAGAGGCGAUGGGGCUGUUUGAACAAAUGAAACAUUCUGGUACGAAACCAAACUAUAUUACCAUUGUAGGUGUUCUCUUUGCGUGCAGCCAUGCCGGGCUUGUUGAAGAUGGCUUGCACCACUUCCAGUCAAUGAAAAAGAGUUUUGGAAUUGAUCCUGGUAGAGAGCACUAUGGUUGCAUGGUUGAUCUUCUAGGAAGGGCAGGGAAGCUGGAUGAAGCUGUUAAGUUGAUUAAUGAAAUGGAAUGUGAACCGGAUGCUGUUACUUGGAGAACCUUACUUAGUGCUUGCAGAGUUCAUCGGAAUUCGGAUCUGGCCAUAUAUGCUGCUAAACAGGUAGUAAAACUGGAUCCGGAUGAUGCGGGUACCUACAUACUCUUGUCAAAUAUUUAUGCGAAUAACCAGAGGUGGGAAGAGGUCACAGAGGUUAGAAGGUCCAUGCGAGUAAGAGGAAUCACAAAAGAGCCAGGAUGCAGCUGGAUUGAAGUAAAUAAGAAGAUACAUGCUUUCAUCUUAGGGGAUGACUCACAUCCACAUAUAGAUGAGAUCAAUAAACAUUUAAACCAGAUUAUCGAAAGGUUAAUGUCGAUUGGCUAUGUCCCAGACACAAAUUUUGUUUUGCAGGACCUUGAAGAUGAACAGAGGGAGGCUUCACUUCGAUAUCACAGUGAAAAGUUCGCGAUUGCAUAUGGAAUCAUGAGCUUACCGAGAGAGAAGACAAUAAUGAUCAGAAAAAACCUAAGGAUUUGUGGAGACUGUCAUACUUUCACAAAACUUCUGGCCAAGAUGGAGCAGAGGAUUAUUGUGAUAAGAGAUCCUGUCCGUUAUCAUCAUUUUAGGGAUGGAGCUUGCUCUUGUGGUGAUUUUUGGUGACAGAAGAUUUCAAAAAAGUAUCAAAAGCUUCUGUUUGCUGAACACAAAAUGGGAGCUUCUGCUGGGUCGAUAUCAAAGCUGGUGGUAGCAAUUGGUUUCAUGAUCUUCAUUGAGUCCUUGUCCCUGAAGCUAGCCCUUAAGAUGACAGGACCAUCCCAUCUGAUUGCUGAACAUACGUUUCUAUCUUUCAUUUUACACCAUGGGCGAGAUUGUUCAGAAGGUUUUCCUGCCUAAUUAUUAGUUGGCGAACCUGCUGUUCAUUUCACUUUGUAUGCUGUGUUGAUGGCCAUUGUCAUACUAAGAAUAAAUUGAAGCAAAUCUACUUAUAGAUCCUUUUAAAGUUAGAAAAGGUUAAAUCUAGAAACAAGACAGGAGAGAAUUCCCCAACUCCCUCUGGUUUCAUCAAUCAGAGAUCCAUCGAUUCAUG